GACUUGCUCCUGAGGCCAAUAAAUUAGUAAGCAGCUUGAAAACAAUGCCGAUGCUGCAUGAUGAGGCAUAUGCCCAGGAAACAAAACUGAACAACUUCCAUGAAUUUCCAGAUAACACAUUGGUGCUCCCUGUCUCUAAGCAAAACAAAAGAAUUUUCUACACAAUCCUGGAGCUCUCACCGCUGCUUGAUUCUUCCAACAUGACACCAGAGGACUGGGCCAAAAUUGCAAAGAAACUUGAGGAGCACUAUGAAAAAUAUGAUGGUUUCGUGAUCCUUCACGGCACUGAUACCAUGGCCUAUACAGCUUCAGCCUUAUCCUUCAUGUGUGAGAACCUGGGUAAAACUGUUGUUCUGACCGGAUCUCAGGUGCCCAUAUACGAGUUGCAGAAUGAUGGCCGAGCCAACCUUCUGGGGGCACUGCUCUUUGCUGGGCAGUUUGUGAUUCCUGAGGUGUGCCUUUAUUUUUAUAAUAAACUGUACAGGGGAAAUAGGGUGACUAAGGUGGAUGCUGGGAGUUUCAAUGCCUUUUCCUCACCUAACCUGCCUCCACUUGCAAAUGCUGAGGUUGAUAUUACAAUAAACUGGGAAACAGUGUGGAGAGCCAAUACCAAGAAGAAAUUUCGAGUUCACACCAAUAUGAACAGGAAUGUUGGGCUUCUGCGAAUCUUCCCAGGAAUCACUGCUGCUGCUGUAAAAGCAUUUCUUCAGCCUCCAAUUGAGGGCAUUGUACUUGAAACUUAUGGAAGUGGCAAUGCCCCAAACAACAGAGAAGACUUGCUGGAAGAAUUGAAGAAAGCAACUGAACGAAAAGUAGUGAUUCUAAACUGUACCCAGUGCUUACGAGGGUCUGUUAAAACAGUCUAUGCAACAGGGCAGACUCUCGCUGAUGUUGGAGUAAUUCCUGGAGGUGAUAUGACACCAGAGGCAGCCCUAACUAAACUGUCAUACACACUCAGCAAGAGUAAGCUUAGCUGGGAAGAGAAGAGGCAGAUGCUGAGUGAGAAUCUAAGAGGAGAAAUGACUGUUGUACCCACAGGAGCCAAGAUCUCUCUGAGAGAUAGCAAGUUUAUUCAAGUGAUUGCCAAAUCUCUAAGUAUCAGCAGCAAGGAGGAGUUAGAAGCUGUAAGAGAUGCAUUAAUUCCACCUUUGGCUUGUGCUGCAGCUAAACUGGGUGACAUAGACGCACUAAGAGCCAUAGCAGAAAUGGGUGGAAACCUGAGCUGUGGAGACUAUGAUGGCCGAACUCCACUUCAUAUUGCAGCCUCUGAAGGGCAUUUACCAUUAGUUGAGUAUUUGUUGACAUCUGGUGCAACUGUUUAUGCUAGAGACAGAUAUGGAUCUACCCCACUGAUGAACGCGAUCAAGUUCAGGCACAUACAAGUGAUUAAUUUGUUACGAGAAACGGGAGCGCAUCUUUCUGGCCAUGACUUGGAGAACAUUGGAACAAUGCUCUGCGGCCUUACAGCUAAAGGUGAUGUGGAAGGGCUGUAUGCCUGGUACCUAGCUGGUGCAGACCUGGAGCAACCUGGUUAUGAUGGCAGGAGUGCCCUACAAGUAGCGGAGGCUACAGGGCGUAAGGAGGUUCUUGACUUCUUUAGACAAAAGCAGUAAAGAAGAGGCUGUAGAAGAUGGUCACUCCUCUUCAGAAAUACCAGCUUUGAACAUUAAUGGUGUUAAACAGUUAUAGGAGGAAAAGAGGAAAGGAGCAAUGAUAGCUGCACUUGGAGCAUACAGGAAAGCUAGAACUUAGAAAUAUUCUUUAUUUAGGAUCACAUUAAGUUCUUACUGAUUUUUCUAAAAAUUAUUUGCUUUAUCUUUUAAUCACUUUUUUUGAAAAGAAUUUAUUUUUGAACACGUGAGGCUGGAAUGUAUUGCCUUUACUGUACAUGUUCU